AUGCAGCCUCCACAGAAGUCUCACACCUGCCUGCUCCUCCUGGUCGUCCUUCUGGGCGCAAUCCCAUCCCGGACAGCACCGCGCCAGGCGACCACCUAUGUGUGGCCACUGGCCGCCUGGAAGGACCUGGCCGGCGGCUUCGACUUUCCGCAGCAGGAUCAGGAUCAGGAUCAGGGAGUCCCCUCGGAGAUACCCGAACCACGGACCCUCUAUGUCAACCUGGAGGCACCACCAGAGGACAGACAGCAGGAGGAACUGCAGCAGGUGCUCCUGCUGACCAGCGGCCUGACUCCCGCCCAGCUUGUCCAGCGCAGGGAAGGGGUGGCGAACGAGGGACGGUUCCUGAACCGCGGCACCACCGUGUUCGUGUUCACCAGCCCGGCAUCCGGUGGUGUGAACAACACCAACACCAACAACAUUGUGACCAAUGCCACAGCUGUCCCGGCAGCGACGACCACGACCACGGGCACCCGAACCUCGGAGUUCAUCCGUGCGCCCAUCGGCUAUCCCAUGCAGUACUUCCGGAAGCGCCAAGACGACGGCCCACCAUCGGCACUGUCCUAUCCGGAGCUAUUCGGCUGGGACGAGGCAUCCCUCUACGGCGGGGAACUGGGCCACUAUGGCGGCUUUGGAGUGCCCGGACUAAACGGAAUACCCGGGAUACCCGGAGUGCCCCUGGUGCCCAUCACCAUUGGCAACGAGGUGCGGUAUGUGCCCAUGCAGCUGCGGAUGUACCGCCACCUGGCCGCUGGUGGUCCUGUGCCGGCCAUCAGGGAGCAGGGCGAUCGGCUGGAGGAGCAGGAGGAGGAGGAGCAGGCACCCGAACUGGAAGUGGGGGGCCAUGGUCCGGAUGUGGGCCACCAGCUCGGCGGAGGCGGGGCGACGGGCUACGGAAUCCUCGGCCAGCGACUGAGACCACGACCAGUGGUCAGGAGACGCCCCCUGCAGUCCCUCGCCCAGAACAUCCAGAACAUCCGCCGGGUGCAGUACCUCAGGAAGUGA